GAAAUGAAAAACCAAUCUGCUAGAACGGAGUUUCUGUUGAGAGGUUUGGCACAUUCCCCUGAAUUACAAAUCCUUCUAUUCUGCCUAUUCACACUCAUCUAUGUUAUAGCAUUAGCAGGCAAUGCCCUCCUCAUCUUUACCAUUUGCACAUGCAAAAAACUUCAUAAUCCCAUGUACUUCCUGCUCAUCAAUUUGUCCUUAGUGAAUGUGCUCUCCAUCUCAGUUACAACUCCCAAACUGAUCCAGACUCUUUUGACUCACAGAAAAAACAUCUCGUUUCAUGGCUGCAUCACACAGGUUUACCUCUUCAUAUGGCUAUUGGUGACAGAACUUCUGCUCCUCACAUGUAUGGCUUUCGACCGUUAUGCUGCUAUUUGUCAACCUUUGAGAUAUGUAUUUAUCAUGAAGAAGGAAUUCUGUGUCAGCAUUGUGAUGGCUGCGUGGGUUACAGGAAUGAUCAAUUCAGCAGUUCACACUGGACUUGCUCUACAACUCUCUUUUUGUAACUCCAACAUCAUCAAUCAUUUCUUCUGUGAUUUGCCCCCACUUUUAAAGCUCUCAUCCUCAGACACCAGUUUGAAUGAGACCAUGGCCUUCAUGGCAGAUGUGAUAUUUGGGAUCUGCAGUUGUGGGUUGACUCUAACUUCGUAUUUGUUCAUUCUGAGAGCCAUCUUCAAAAUCCGUUCCACUGAAGGGAAAAAGAAAGCUUUCUCCACAUGUUCCUCACAUCUCAUUGUAGUUAGCUUUUACUUUUCCACAGUUAUCUAUACAUAUAUCAGACCCACCUCAGUGUACUCUCUAGAUAUAGACAAGUUUGUGUCUCUCAUUUAUUCAGUGGUAACUCCACUUCUCAACCCAGUCGUAUAUUCUCUGAGAAACAAAGAGGUGAAAGAAGUUGUAAAGAUGCUACUUAGAAGAAGCAAGCUGCUCCCACAACUUCAGGGUGAUAUACAGAAACAUUUCAAACAAAACUCAGUUAAAACACAUAUACUUCCUGAAAACUGA